AAGGUCAGGAAAGUGUGAGAACGCAGUUCUGAAAUGAACCACUAGGUAGCUGGUAGUGGGUCUGAAAGUGCGGUUCUGCGGCUCAGCAGUUGGAUACUGUCGUAACCCAACGCUAGCUAUAAUGGCUAUAAUCAGUAUUUACUGAGCGUUUAGUGUCGACACUGUAGACUGAUUUCUGUAAGUUUGCUUGCUAUGGUCAUGUAUGAUGGAUCCUUGGCAAGAAUGUAUGGAUUACUGUCUUGGGGUUACAAAAGAGGCAGGAAAGAUGAUUCGUGAUGCCGUACAGAGAGAGAUAUCCAUAAUGCAGAAGAGCUCUCCAGUAGACCUGGUCACAGAGACAGACCAGAAGGUGGAGGAACUAAUUAUAUCCUCCAUCAAGAAGACAUAUCCAAGUCACAGUUUUAUAGGUGAGGAAUCAGUGGCUGCUGGAGCAUCCAGUGUUCUAACCGAUAACCCGACCUGGAUCAUUGAUCCUAUCGAUGGAACCACAAACUUUGUCCACAGGUUCCCCUUUGUGUCAGUCUCCAUUGGAUUUACAGUGAAUAAACAGAUAGAGUUUGGUAUUGUGUACAGCUGUAUUGAGGACAAAAUGUAUACUGCUCGCAAGGGUAAAGGAGCAUUCUGCAAUGGAGCCCCUAUCAAAGUCUCACGGCAGCAGGACAUCACCAAGUCCCUGGUACUGACAGAGAUGGGUUUCAAAAAAGAUCCAGAACACUUCAGGAUCAUGAUGGCCAACAUGGAGAGCCUCCUUACUAUCCCUGUUCAUGGGAUCCGGGCCCCUGGCAGUGCGGCUGUGAAUAUGUGUUUGGUAGCUUGCGGGGCAGCAGAUGCCUACUACCACAUGGGAAUCCACUGCUGGGAUAUGGCAGGAGGAGCAGCCAUAAUUACUGAGGCUGGGGGAGUCAUCAUGGAUGUCACAGGGGGGACAUUUGAUCUGAUGUCUCGGAGGUUGAUUGCAGCAAGCAGUAGAAGCAUAGCACGGUGCAUCGCCAAGAAAAUACAACAGCUCCCUUGUGGACGAGAUGAUGUGGAGAACUAGAUCACUCGCUACAAAAGAAAAAGAGAGGCUUUUGCUUUAUAUGUGAAUAUAGGCUUUAAAAGGUCAGAUAUCAUACCAUCAUACUAUCUCUUUGCCUUACAUCUGAGAAGAAAUGAAGAAUUUACUGGAAUUUAUGGGUUUUGUGUAAAUGCUUGAAUUUUGAAAUAAUUUUUGUUUUAAGAAAUAUAUGCUGUACUCUGGCUCAGGUAGAUAUGCAGGUCCAAAAAUUGAUCUUAAAGUUAUUGUGAUUGACUAAUACAAGUAUGCAUGAUUGAAUUAUUGUGGAAUUGAUAUGAUUGCAGUUUUAACAGUUGGUACAUUUAGAGCUACAUGUUUCAAUCCAAACCUUUAUUGUAGGCUUUUUUAUUGCAAUGUUUGAGUUCUUUGGUGUGAACAUAACAUCCAAAUUAUUUUUUACAAAUUAUUGAAAAAUUCAUCCAAAAGAGUUGAGACUUAGUUUGGUUAAUAUUUUCCCCGGAUGUUUUAAGAAUAAAGCUUUUUCCUUUUUAUUUAUUGCUUAACUGUUUUCUCUUUGUUACUUCUGCUCUUAUAAGAAACAUGUAAAAAAAAAAAUUGGAAAAAAAUUUUGGUUGAAAUAAAGUAGUGCUCAAUUGUUUGCCCUCUGUGAUGUAAAUGUCUAGAAGGUGUAAAAUAUUGUACAUUUGUUUUUUUUUAAACUACUAUUUAAGGUGUCAUUGUUAGGUUAAAGCAUGAAGUAAGUUUUAUUAAACUAAUAAUUUAAAACUGCUACCCAAACAUUGGUUACUCUGGCAAUUGUGCAUGUGUUUAUCUAUCUGCAGUGUCUAGUUAAACUGGGUUUCUUUAUUACUAUUAUCUAGUAAUGUCUUCUGGUAUAUUUAGCAGUUCCCAAAAAGCCCACUAAUCUGCUGUAACGCAUUGACCUUAAAGGAGCAUAACCUAGUUUUUUGGUCAAUUUGAAGACUAAUCUGUGCAAAAGGCAAUGUUCUAGAUGAGUAUUCCCUACUUUUAAGGUACGUUAUCUAGAUGUAAUGUAUAUUUAUUUCCUGCCAUGCACAAGUGGAGCAGUGUUGCUGGCUGACUCAUUAAACAGGACUCAGAAUGUGUAGCUAGUAAAGCUGUAUGGGAUGGUCAAAAUAUUAUAUUGUGAUUGUCACACAAUAUGUUAAAAACACUUGUGAACCUUUCAUUUAAUGCUUAUUUAAAUAUUGGUCUGAACAAUCUUGACUCCAUAAUAGCUGAAAUUGGACAGAGCUCACAACACUCAAUUAUAAAUAAAGUGAUAUAUUAGAGGGUUCUUUAUUGCAGUGUUGUGUGAUAUCAGUAUAAAGUCUGGUAUUAAGAUACCAAUUGAUGAACAGUAUGCAGUGUUUCCUUGUGGGUCAGUUUAGCUGGCUGCAGUAGUUAGCAUUCUAGCUCAGAUGAAGGACCUAACAGGAUUUUGAAUGAUUUUAAAAUCAAAAUUGCAAUCAGUUCAUUAAUCACUAAGUUGUCCAGGAUGCGACUUUCUAUUUCAGAAACACAAGGCAAAUAAUGAAAAUUAACUGCAAACACAAUGAGUUUCAUAAAGUCAGUGCACAUGACCAGUACUGGGCUUAUUGAAUUACACUGGAUGACCCACCAGAUUGUGUGUCAUUUAACUGUUUUUCUUUUUUAACAUGAAACCUGGUCUAUAAUACAUUAUAGAGCAUUAAAAUGUUCUAUUAUUUCUCUCUGUAUUCGUUGAAUAUUUAUUUCCAGCAGUGAUAUCUAACAGCUGUUACCCUUUUUUGAUUUCCAUCCCCUGUAUUUAUUGACUGCUUCUCCAUAUGGUAACCUGUCUGUUCCACCAUUACCAUGUAGGAACUCAUGUUGUAUUAAAGGAGAUGAAAAGGUUCCAUUUGCUUAUCUGUAACCAAGGGAAAAACACAUUGUAUUGUGAAAAUAUUAGAAUUGUAAGAAUGUUAUAUUAAUUGUUUUCUGCUGCAAUUGAUCCAAACUCCAAAUAGUAAAUUUAAAUGUCUUGGAGUUCAUGUCUAGGUGAUAUGACACUGCCAAUGUUAAAUGAACACUUAAGGUUUUGUGCGGUGCAUUGAUUGAGUCAUAAGUGACAAAACCAUUGCACCAGGGACAAAUAUAAUUCUGAUUUGAAAUAUGAUCGGAACAUGGUUAUGAAAGCAAACAAUAAAAUAAACAUGCAGAAUAAAAAUGUAAA